UGAAUCUUACCAUACUCUUGGAUACCUUUUCUAUCUCCUAAUAUCUCAAACUCCUCUUCAACCUUUUUUUCUUAUCGUUCAAAUACACCAUUGAAACACAAACUUAACAAAAAGGUCUAGCUAAAAAUGGCACUUCCUGAAACACAACAAGAUACAAAAACUCUCCCAGAUGCCUGGGAUUACAAAGGUCGACCAGCUGUUCGAUCCUCGUCCGGCGGUUGGUCCAGCGCCGCCAUGAUUUUAGGGAUUGAGGCAGUGGAGAGGCUAACGACGUUAGGUAUUGCUGUAAAUCUGGUGACAUACUUGACUGGAACCAUGCAUUUAGGAAAUGCUAGUUCGGCCAACAACGUUACAAAUUUUCUUGGAACUUCAUUUAUGCUCACUUUGCUUGGUGGUUUCGUAGCCGACACUUUUCUUGGACGAUAUCUUACAAUUGGCAUCUUUACCACUAUUCAAGCCAUGGGUGUUACCAUAUUGACCAUCUCCACAAUAAUCCCAAGCCUACGACCACCAAAGUGUUCCCCAGGGAGCUCAACAUGCAUUCCAGCAAGUUCCAAACAACUCAUGGUUCUAUACAUAGCACUAUACAUGACGGCGCUCGGCACCGGCGGCCUGAAAUCCAGCGUCUCCGGCUUCGGUUCAGACCAGUUCGACGAAACCGACAAGAAAGAAAGAGGACAGAUGAUAAAAUUCUUCAACUGGUUCUUUUUCUUCAUUAAUGUGGGAUCACUUGGUGCAGUGACAGUACUAGUGUAUAUUCAAGAUAAUUUGGGAAGAGAAUAUGGUUAUGGAAUAUGUGCUUGUGCUAUUGUUAUUGGUUUGGUCAUAUUCUUAUCGGGCACAAGAAAAUAUCGUUUCAAGAAACUUGUGGGAAGUCCAUUGACACAAAUUGCUUCAGUUUUUGUGGCUGCUUGGAACAAAAGGCAUAUGGAAUUGCCUUCUGAUUCUUCUCUUUUAUACAAUAUUGAUGAUAUUCCUGGGGAUGGAAACAAAAAAGCUAAGCAGAGGUUGCCUCACAGCAAGGAAUUCCGUUUCUUGGACAAGGCAGCCAUUAAAGUACAGGACCCUGAAUCCGCUGGAAUUACCGUGGUAAAUAAAUGGAACUUAUCAACUUUAACCGACGUUGAAGAAGUAAAAUUGGUAGUCCGAAUGUUACCAACAUGGGCCACGACCAUUAUGUUUUGGACUGUCUAUGCUCAAAUGACAACAUUUUCCGUGUCACAAGCUACAACCAUGGACCGUCACAUCGGAAAUUUCGAAAUUCCUCCGGCUUCAUUGACACUCUUCUUCGUCGGAAGUAUCCUCCUAACGUGCAUAUUCUACGACCGCGCUGUCGUUCCGGUUUGCCGACGUGUCCUCAACAACCCUCACGGUACAAGCCCGUUGCAACGUAUUGCAGUUGGCUUAAUCCUUUCAAUUAUAGCCAUGAUUGCUGCUGCUUUAACUGAAGUGAAAAGAUUGAAUGUUGCACAUUUGCAUGGAUUGACCAAUGAUGCUAAUGCAAAGGUUCCUUUGAGUGUUUUUUGGUUAGUCCCACAAUUCUUGCUAGUAGGGGCAGGUGAGGCAUUUACUUACAUUGGACAACUUGAUUUCUUUCUAAGGGAAUGUCCUAAAGGGAUGAAGACAAUGAGCACAGGGUUAUUCUUGAGUACACUUUCACUAGGGUUUUUCUUUAGUUCUAUUUUGGUGACUAUAGUGCACAAGGUGACAGGGAAAAACCCAUGGUUAGCUGAUAAUUUAAACCAAGGGAGGCUCUAUGAUUUCUAUUGGCUAUUGGCAACGUUGAGUGUGUUGAAUUUGAUGAUUUUCUUGUUUAUUUCGAGACGGUAUGUGUACAAGGAGAAGAGGCUUGCUGAGUGUGGGAUUGAAAUGGAGGAUUCAGAACCAGCUUGCCACUAAAUUACACAAGCCAAUUAUCUUCGUGAAAACAAAUUAGUUUUUUUUUUCUUCCUUUUUUCUCUUUUGGUUUUCGGGUUUUUUUCCCUUUUUUGCAAAAAAAAAAAAAAAAAAAAAAAAAA